AUGGCAGAUUCAUCUGAGCUGAAGUCCUAUUCUGGUGUGGAGGAGGUUGUCAAGCAAGAUGUGUCGCCGGUGAAUCACAAGAAGCCGUUGACAUGGACUGAUGCUUCUGGUAAUGUCUACCACUACUUUGAGCAUCCGAUGAUGCAAGCUACCAUUUUUGUACUCAUACAGGAGCUCUGUGAGCGUCUAGCUUUCUAUGGUAUAACGCCAAAUUUGCAGACGUUCUUGAAGGAGUUCCUUGGGUACAACGAUACGGCAGCAAAUACAUAUAUAUCAGCAUUCCAAGCCGUUAUCUAUGUUACACCAUUGGUUGCAGCUGUUCUGGCCGAUACCCUAUUGGGUGUUUACAAUACCAUUCUAGCUUUCUCCGUGGUCUAUACGAUCGGACUCGGCCUACUAUGCUUGGCUUCGAUCGAGAGCAUAUCCGAACCUUGGAUGAUUCACCUCUCCCUUAUGGUGCUUAUCACUUUCGGAAGUGGGGGAAUCAAGAGCUGUGUUAAUGUUAUGGGUGCUCAGCAAUUCCAUCCUGAGCUUCAUAGAGCUCAAAUUACGAGGUUCUUCACUUAUUUCUAUGCUUCCAUUAAUGUGGGAGGCUUGAUAGGUGGUCUGGUUACUCCGAUCCUGGUCGAGAAGGUAUCCUUCUUCGUGGCUUAUCUGGUACCGUUCUUCGCAUUCAUUAUUGCCACAACAAUCUUCCUUAUUGGUGGAGUGAUGGGCAGAUUUGUGAAGCCAAAGCCACAGGGAUCUGCUGUUAUCAGGGUCAUUGAGGUCAUUGGCGACUCUGCUAUCCAUUGCUCUCUGGAGAAAUGCAAGAAGAGUCGUGGUGGUCGUUUCGAGGAUCAGUUCAUCGAGGAUGCCAAGGCAAUCUUUCGGCUUAUCCCUCUCUUUGCCUUGGUUAUUCCCUUCAUGAUCGCUUAUGCUCAAAUGACCACAGCUUUCUUGACCCAAGCGGAAAAGAUGAAUCGUGAUACUUUCGGCUGGCAGAUCCCAGCCGCUAUGAUGCAGAAUGUGGAUAGUAUAUCCAUCAUUGUCAACUCCCUAUGGAUCGAUGGUGUCCUAUACAAGUAUCUUCGUCAGCACAACCAUAUGCCGUCCGCUCUUUUAAGGAUGUGCAUUGGUUCAAUGCUGGGCUGUAUUGCUCUGCUUUGUGCGUUAGGCGUCGAGUACUCGGUGAUGGACCGUCCUCUGUAUAGCGUCUCGGUAUGGUGGCAGGUACCCCAGUUCUUCCUCAUUGCCACUGGUGAAAUCUUCCUAAUCUCGACCUCAUACGAGGUAGCCUUCACUUACUCUCCUGGACAACUCAAGGCUGUAUCCUCGGCUCUCAAUUUGCUCUUCUUCUCCUUCUCUAAUCUCUUGGCUGGUGUAGUCUUCCAACUCUGCGCUCCCUGGAUGCCCAAUUUCGAUCCAGACGAUUAUCCCGAGUCUGUCAUGUACCGAAGUUCUCAUUAUGAUUACUAUUUCAUGCUUCUCGCUGGUGUAUGCGUCUUCGGAGCUAUUUUGUGUCUGAUUUGUGUGCCCUAUUUCAACAAAGUGGAGCGUGAGCAUGCUGCGAGGACAACAAAAUCUUAA